GCCGAAAUUCUGCGGAACAUUAGGCAAGGCGAUCUGUCUCCAAACGCAUUCUGGGACAGAACUGGCACGAUUUUCAACAAAACGUGCGACACUCUAAUUAAUUUGCAAGACUCGAACGGCAACAUUAAUUAUCUCGCGUGCCGCGAAUAUUUUCGCACACUCUUUUUCGUCAUCGGGAUCGAGAAAGACAUUUGCAAUGCCGUCAUCCGGUCAGGUGCGUCCUCCCAGGAGGAACUUUUGGAAGCCGCCAACCACGCCUGGAUGACGAAAGACAAAGAGAGGAAAUUGGAGGCCGCCGCAGUAGGUGUCGCAGCCGUCCAACUGGACGACACCGGACAAGACGAGGAGGCGAACGUCAAUGCGAUCAACUUCCGUGGUCGCGGCCAACGUGGUCAACGAGGACGAUUCGGUCGCGGCUCCCGGCCAAGCCCAGGGCAAACUCGCGGAAGCCAUGUCACUGCUCCCUCCAACCCCUCCUUUCCUAACCCGACAUCCAAACCUGGUUGCGGCUGGUGCGGUCGCAAAAGCCAUCAAGAGCACGAAUGCCGCACCAAGCAGUACAUGCAGCAAACUGCCCUGGCCGAAGCCCAACAGCAAAGCCGCGGCCGACGAGGUGGACGACGGGCCAACCCUACACCACAACGUGGCCAACAACAUCAGCAGUACGGAUACGGCUAUCAACAACA